AAAAAAACCCCUCAUAAAAUAUAUAAAUUUUUAUUUAAUUAUUUACAACGAAUGAUAAAGUUCACAAUUUUCAAGGAUGAAAAAUGGUUCAUUUUAGAUAGACUAAGAGUAGGACAGGGUGUGUUGAAAUUUAUGCUAUGGAUGUUGAAAAGGCUAAAGUUUAGAUGUUCAUAUAUACACAGCUUCUUUUAACUAAACCAAAUUACUAGACAAAGCUGCUAUUCCAAUAAACCUUAUGUUCAAUCCAAAAUGAAAGCUGCAUCCAAAUCCAUCUAUUGCUUUUAUUAUUCUCUCAUCUACAGCUUUGUUCUUUGCCAAAACGAGGUAGACAAGCUCGCUUUACAAGCCAUUAAGAAUCAGCUAGUGAGUGAUCCUUUUGGAGUAACAAGCUCUUGGAAUGAGUCUCUACACUUUUGCAUGUGGCAUGGAGUUUCAUGCAAACGCCAACGAGUGACACAAUUGAACUUGAGUUCAUCGAGUUUGGUAGGCUACGUACCUUCCUCUAUUGCCAACCUUAGUUUUCUUCAAGUUCUUGAUCUUUCAAACAACAGUUUCCAAGGACAAGUACCUGAAAAAAUUGGUCACUUGUUUCGGUUGAGGGUUAUAACAUUGGCAAACAACUCACUAAGAGGUCAAAUACCAACCACCUUAUCAAAUUGUUCAAACUUGAGAACUCUAGACUUGAGUUACAACAAUUUCAUGAGUAGGAUUCCUUUCCAACUAGGAUUUUUAACUAAGUUGGAACAACUUCGCAUCAGGAACAGCAAUUUAGAAGGAAUCAUUCCCCCACAUAUUGGGAAUAUUUCAACUCUUCUUGAAAUUUCCUUGAGGAUCAAUAAGUUAGAGGGAGAAAUUCCUGAAUCACUAGGCCAAUUGAAGAGCUUAACUAUCCUUAGUAUUGGAGAUAAUAUGCUUUCAGGUACAAUUCCAAAGUCUAUCUAUAAUCUUUCACAUCUUAGUUUGUUAUCUCUUUGUAAGAAUAAAUUUCAAGGAAGCUUUCCUCAUAACAUAGGUCUUACUUUACCAAAUCUCCAAUACUUUAAUGUGUGGGAAAAUCAGUUUAGUGGUUCAAUUCCAAGUUCAUUCUCUAAUACUUCAAAACUCUUGAUAUUUGAUAUUAGCAACAACAAAUUCUUUGGAGGGGUUCCAAAUAUUUUUAGAAAUCAGGACAAACUUCGGUUGCUAUGGCUAGCUGAUAAUGAUCUUGGAACUAGUGGAAUCAAUGAUGACCUCAAAUUUCUCACUGAUCUAGCCAAUUGUAGUAGCCUUGAAAAGCUUAACCUUUCAAAUUGUAACUUUGGUGGAGUGUUGCCUAGUUCCUUAGUAAACCUCUCGGGUAAACUCGAAUCACUAUCAAUGGCAGGAAUGUUAAAUAAAUUAACAAUUAACCCAAGAUCUAUUUGUAUAUAACAUAGAACACAAUAGUAGUAUAUGAUAAUUGAGUAUGUGUACCUGAUUGAUCCAUAGCAAUUAUCUCUGAUUGAUCCACAGCAGUUACUCCAAUUUGAUAGUGCAAUACUAUCAACUAAGUCUUCCUCCCUAGAUCUCUAAAUCAGAAGCAGUUUAUUUUCUCUGAUUAUCAAAAGGUAUACAAUUGUGAUGAGACAAUAUGUAUUUAUAGAGUUAGGGAGGGGACUUAGCUACAAAACCCUAGUUGGGCUGGGCCUGCUCAUCAAAGGCUUCAGUCAACUAGAAAAGCCCACACUUCUGCUUCACCUAGACUUUACUCACAGAUGCUAAGCCCAUUAACAAUUGAUCACCAACAACAUGGGCUAACACAGCAAAGAACUAUCCAAUCAACCCAAGUUUUAAUAAAACCAAUAAAAUUUAAUGUAAGCCCAAAUAAAAGUCUAACAU